AUGUCGGUGCAAGCGCCUGGCCAUAACAAACAAUACACAGAGAUUGAAGAGCAGAUUCUUGUCUACUUCAAGACACAAUGUCUUUCCUGGUCUGAAAUUGUUACUGAAUACAACAAACGAGUAGAUCUCGACCGGCAGAGAACACAGGCAGCUUUAGAAACAAAGUGGCGACAACUCAAGCCCAUAGUCUAUAUUGGGUAA